UGUAGAUAUUUAUCUAGAUAAUGAUACGAUCUGGUCCAUCCUAGUUGCUCUGCGCAUGGCUUUAGUCUCGUCGCAUUCUAUUCUGUCUGUCUUUUGUGUUUAACUUAAUUGCUAUCAAUUUAGCUUUAACAGCUCGUGUUCAUUUGACCAUUUCACAAAUUACGACGAUUGCCAAUUUAUAUACAGGAAACGUGAACUUAUCCUCAAUGAAAAUGUCAAAUGUUUCCUUUGGUUUGGAAAGUGUAUUUAAGUGUAUUAUUUGUGAUUUGUUUUAAUUUUGAAGAGACGUAACUUAUAAUCCAUAAAAGUAUUAUUGACUGAAGCUUUGACAUACGGAUUUACAUUUGUAUAUAAUGUGAUGCUUGUGCUGGGCUUGCCUCUGUCGGCGGGCGGGUGUAUUGUAUUACCGGCUUAUGUGCGAUAACAGCCGAUGCUGUGUAGUGUGUGCUAGCCUCACUGAUUCAUACAUUAGUGCCGAUGUGACGUCACCACUACCCUAUUUGGAAUACAACGCGAGGAAUGCUUGCCACUCAGAAGGAGUACAGCUUUUCCAUGUAGUGGAUAACACCCCUCCGCAAGGAAUUUCCUCGUCUGUGAUCAAUAUACGAGAUUAUUGUGUAACUCUUGAACUUUGGAUUUGUUUACAAUUUGUGUGAAAAUGUCUUAUGGAUUUUAGGAUGAUGAAAAUCGGGAAAAAAAAUUUGUAAACACGAUAGAUUGUUUUUAAUGAUUCUCCUCUGCCAUGGAACAUGGUGAUUACCUUGGAGUUGGACUUUCACAGGAAUCGGUUGCUUCCGUUCAACUUUCACAAGAAUCUGUGACGUCAAAUAAUUCUCAGGACUUGACUUCGGAAUUAUUUGUGUCCGGGUCACCUGCACCGGACAUUCCCGAGGGGGAUACAGAGGAGAAAAUAAAAUCUAAACAUAAAUCGGGGAAAAAGAAAAUUAAAAAGAAAAAGAAGAAGAAAGAUGGCGAAACUGGUGAAGAUAUAGAUGGUGAAAAUAAGAAAAUAAAAAAGAAAAAAAAGAGAUCAUCUUCUAGUAGGCCUGAACCUGAGGGAGGAAAUGCCCCUGAUUAUAUGGACCCGUUUGACAGAAUAAUAUACAGUAAUGAUCCAAUAUUUUCGGAUGUGGAACUUUCCGGGGAGGAGGGGGAAACCCGUGCCCCCACACGCCCACCUAGGAGUUCAUCCAGACCAUCAAGGCCCGGGGGUUUUACGAUAGUGUGUCUACCCAUGGGUCUUCACUCCAAUACAAUGAUUAAAUUCGCUAUCAUCGGAACCGAGAUCCAGAACGAAUUAAGAAUUUCUCUAAAGCGGCUAGAAAGUGAUGUUGGUGCACUCCAGAGAAGACUCCAACUGCUGGAAGAAGAUUAUGAACGAUCUGAAGAGAAACUUAACUCGACCACAGAGAAAUUGGAAGAGGCAUCCAAAGCUGCAGAUGAGAGUGAGAGAGGUCGCAAGGUGCUUGAAAGCAGGAGCCUUGCGGACGAUGAAAGGAUAGACGCACUAGAGGCACAACUAAAAGAAGCCAAGUAUAUUGCGGAGGACGCAGAUCGUAAAUAUGAUGAGGCCGCCCGUAAGCUUGCUAUUACAGAAGUGGACCUUGAGCGUGCUGAGACCAGGUUGGAGGCUGCUGAUGCCAAAGUACUCGAACUUGAAGAAGAGCUCACUGUUGUGGGUGCAAAUAUCAAAACCCUUCAGGUGCAAAACGAUCAGGCAUCACAGAGAGAGGAUAGCUACGAGGAAACCAUCAGAGAUCUCACCAAAAGCCUGAAGGACGCUGAAAACAGGGCCACAGAAGCUGAGAGACAAGUAGUCAAACUGCAGAAAGAGGUGGACAGACUCGAAGAUACAAACGGCAAACAGGCUGAGGAUAUGAGGGCAAUUAGGGAUGAAUUAGACAGCACCAUGCAACAGCUCGAAUCUUUCUAGACAGCAGCUAAAGUUUAUAUAGAUGACUACACAAUUUGAAAAGAUGAGCUGCUUGCAGAGAAGGAAAGAUACAAGGCAAUCAGUGACGAACUGGACCAGACCUUUGCUGAGAUUGCUGGUUACUAAUGUGUCAUUCAAGGACAUAUUCCCCUCACCAAAUUUAUAUCAUAAAUUAAGAGGAUAGACAGACAAAGAAAAGACUGUCAAAUGGAAAAAUAAUAUUACAUCAGCUUUGUACAGCUAUAUAAAAUCGUCGUGCAAGAAUUUGAAAAAUAGAAGAACCUGCCAUAAAAGAUCCAACAUUUCUUUCUUAAUAUGUGUUAUGGUACAGACGAGAAAUUCCAAAUUUAUGUAAAUUAUCAUUAUAAGAAAUGCUAUACUCUAUGUGACCUUGCCGCGAUAUUGCGACCCAGCGGGGGAGUGAGAGACUAGAGAGUUAGGACGGAUGGGGUCGACCGGGUCUGCUUUUUAACCUCUCUACUCUUCGUGUAUUUGUAUGUAUGUUACUUUGUGAUCGGUUUCUUUUCGAACACCUGUCAGACUUCUGCAAAGCUACUACUUCUGGGGGGUAAAAUAAUGUUCAUUUCUAUAUUUAUAUACACUGUAUAUAUAAUUGAUACAUACAUGGAUUCAUAUUUCGUUAUUUUAUUAUAUCAUGUUAUGACAUCGGAACACGACACAGACGAUUGUUAUCCAUGCCUGGCGCAUUCUGUACUUUGAGGCUCGGGAAGGCAAUGCUAGUGGCACAUGGUUACCAUAUAAGUAGUAGCUACGCAGAGGUUUGGAUCAGGGGUACAAAAACCAAUCGGGGUAAUAUUGCGAGAUAUGACAGUGGUGGAAAUUUGACAGCUUUAGGUAUGUAGAGUCGUUUAUGUAUGAAAUGAUACAAGUUAGCUGUAGGAAUGUAAAGGGACUCGCCAAUAGAUUGGUUGUAGCUAGUACAUCAUAUAGUUAGUCCUAGAGGGGCUGUACACAUCUGCCCCGACAUUCAAAAACGACGACCAAGAAAUUCCAGCAUUCAUUUAAGCCACCACGUAUAUUUUUUUUCUAUUUUUGUUUUAUAUAAAAAGACUAAAUGGCAAUAUCCAGACAACGCCAUUGUGAUUUUUUUUCUUAAAGAAGAACUAAAUGCUUUAAAUUUCCACGGCUUCUUGUCCUGCCCCUAUUUAAAUAAAGAAGGUGUAUGUACUAUGUCUUUGGAAUGAUUUGUUUUGCAUGUUGUUUGUGUAUAGAAGAAUGUGUUGUAUGGAGUACAAACAAAAAACGUAGCUGGCUAUAUUAUUAAUAAUUUGAAAAACAAAUUUAUACAUUUUCCUUCACAGAUUAUUUACCUUGUAUAAUAUACUUUUUGAUUGAGAAUUGAUUGUUCUCAUCUAUAAAUUAUCCUUAUUAUGGUACGAAAUUUGUAUCACUAUACAUAUAUACCUGUGUAGACACAGAUAAAAGGAAACCUGUAGGUGUACUAAUUUCGUGACAUUGUUCAUGUUACUUUUGCCUGUGACUGGUUAGCUGUACAGGAGGGAAAGGCGAGAAAAAAUGUUUGUCAUAUGACAACUGUAGACGGAAAACUCCUUGUAUUCCCAUGACUUCAGCUUCCAUUGCAUUUCCCUGGAUAUUGCCAAUUUGUUUUAACCAACAAUAAACUUGUAUUGCUUACA